CGUCAGCAACAGACGACAGUGAGGCGGUGCACGACGUUUCAUCUAAGGAAAAGUAAUUUAAGCUACUACUCAAGAUUGGACAGCGACAGUCCCUCCGGAUGGCUCGCAAUGAGCCUUAUGCUUAGUCGUGUAGAUCGUGUUGGAGUAGCUGCGUAAUCAUUGACCCUGGUGCAUAAGUUUCAUUCCAUCGUCUUCAAAAUGCGUGCUGAGGUGAACCGUUCGCCUCCGGUGUUCACCAUCGAGGGUAGUAAGGUGCCAGCAAACGGAUUGGUUGCAGAUCCCGAAUCCAAAAGCUAUACCUUCGAUGAAGUGAUCGAUAUCAUAGGAUUCGGUCGAACCACGUGGCACAUAUUUAUAGCCUCGUCCGUAAUCAUGAUGGCAGUGUUGAAUGAAACGAUGGGCAUUUCAAUCGUUAUCCCCGCUGCCCAGUGUGAUCUUCAGUUGUCGGCUACGGAUAAAGGAUUGCUGACGGGAGUAAGCUUUGCAGGCAUUAUCGUUUCGUCACACUUCUGGGGUUAUAUCGCCGAUACGAAAGGUCGCCGAAGGACGCUCAUCGUGUCACUGCUGUUGACCGCCGUCUGUGCGCUGGUGUCCGGUUUAUCCGUCAACUAUGGCAUGAUGGUGGUGAUGCGUUUCCUGGUGGGAGUUUUCAUUUCUGCACCAUCGGCCACUAUCUUCGCUUACCUGGGAGAAUUUUUCAAAACGGCUAGCCGCACCUUGGUGAUAACGUACGCGAGCGUAGCGGUGGGACUAUCAGCCGUUUUUACAGCUACCACUGGCUGGUAUGUGCUAUCAUUCACGUGGUCUCUAGCCAUCCCCGGAACGGAACUCGUUCUUAAGCCUUGGCGGGUUUUAUUUUUUGUCUACACGCUGCCCACGCUCAUAGGAGCAUGCUGGCUUAUGAUGCUUCCGGAAAGUCCCAAGUUUUACCUAUCCCGGGGGCGAGAAUCGGAAGCAUUUGCCGUUUUGUUGCGGCUGUACUUGGAAAAUCACCCCCAUGCAACGGUGGAAGAUUUCCCGGUCAAGCACAUUACGCCCGAGCCGGGCCAAAAGGAUCGCAGCAGCACUAUACCGAAAGGGUCGAGCGGUUGGCGGCACGUAGCUAGCAGCGUCUGGAACCAAACGGUCCCACUGUUCCAGCGACCCAAUCUGGUCAACUUUACCAUUUGCUGUGUGGUGCAGUUUGGGUUGUUUGUAGUAUCCGCAGGAAUGGGCCUAUGGUUUCCGGACAUUAUCAACCGACUCACUGCUUCGAAUGUCUUGGACGCUACCGUUUGCGAAGCCCUGGACGUAUCGAUGCAGACGGACUUUGCAGUGGAUGAGCUGGAAGAGACCAUUCAAAUCGUCCAAGGAGUAUGCGUUGACACUAUCAAUGAGCGUGUCUUUAUGUACGCUAUCACGCUAGGCGGCUUGUACACGGUGCUGUACCUGGCCAUGUCCGUACUGAUGCGUCUACUGGGUCGCAAGUGUUUGGUGGCGUUCAACUUAUUCUUCUCCGGCAUUGCCGGGCUCGCGCUACAAUUCGUGGACCAUCCGUACGUUACGAUGGCACUGUUUUGCUCGUUCUUGGUAUUUGCCGGCACAUCGAUAUCCAUCCUGAACGGAGCUACCGUAUCCUUCUUUCCGACAAAUGUGCGUGCGAUGGCCGUCUGCUUGAGCCUAAUGAUGGGGCGUCUUGGGAGCGUUUUUGGGAGCAAUCUGGUAGGACUGAUCAUGGAGGAUAACUGUACACUUACCUUUAACCUUUUCGCCUGUGGAUCAAUUAUCUGUGCGAUUCUUACCCUCAUGUUGCCGAGUUAGCAACGGUAGGUACAACUCUUAACAUAAUUCUAUAUCCCAGCACGUUUGGCACGAUCUGGGCUCGCAAUCGAAUUCCAAUAUGGAACGAGCGCCACAUAUCACAUCACGCCAGCCCGUCAGCCGAUCCAUCUCGAUUAACAACCAACGAUAGUCCGUUGUCAGCACGAAGCAAGUUUCUUUUAUGUUGGAUGCAGCACCCGUUUGUGUCGGGAGCGUGGCACCGUGUCAAAUCAUUUUGAAUGACACCGUACCAACCACCCAAGUAGUUCUCCAUUGACAUCAUCAAAAACGAACAGCUCGGAGCAGUAGAUCAAACAAAACGCGUACGGCAGGGUGGAAAUGUUUUGAUUUUGCUGUAAUGCAGUGCUGUAGAUUUUUUUGUUUAUUCGGUGUCCCCUUAAAUCUCAAAGCCAUUUUGGUGUUUUUGUUGUUCUUGUGGCCCUUUGCUCCUGUGGCAAGUAUCAUAUGACCGUUCAAGAUAGGACGUCAUACCACCCGUCGUAUCACGUCCGUAACUCCACCAAAUAGAAAGAUUUGUUAGCAUGUCGUCGUGAUGAGGUUGAUUUUUUUCUUCCACAUCGGAAUGUCGAUUCACUCAUACAGAGGCGGAGCAGAGGCGCUGGCAAAAGUUGUGCCGCCGAGCGAUGUUCGAAAUGUGCUAUAUUGGUUAAGUUCACGUGCAGCAAAAGGAAAAAGACCGCGGUUACGGGACUUUUCUUGGUUGUUAAAUAAAAUGUAUGAACCUAA